AUGGAGGCCCUGCUGACAACCUCUUUCCCAAAAGCCCCGGGGGAAGAACAGAUCCGGUGAUGUCAAUCUCUGCUGUAUCCAUAGAUCCAUUUUGGGUCCAGAUACUAGGAAAGGGAGGGUUGUGCAACUAAGGACCUUGAUUCUGCAUGGAUCCGACUUGUGGGGAGGCCGCAGGAGGGGGUUGGACUAGAUGGCCCUUGGGGUCCCUUCCAACUCUAUGAUGCUCUGUUUAAGAGCCUUUUUGGAGUGAAAUGCUGACGAGUGGGAACGGCUUCCACCAUCUCGCAACUUCCUUCUCCUCCUGAAAGUGAUGUUUUUCUCCUUGCACCUUGUGACUCCCGAAUAGAUAAGAGGAGAAGUGGCCUCUGUGCCUGAAGCAGACUUGUGCUUUAAGAGGGGACCAACGCAAGUCGAGACAAACUCAAGCAAGAGAGCCACUUGGAGGCAAGAUUCAUCCGUUUUCCACGUUUCUGGUAAGACGCGUUUGCACAUUAGAAAUUGUCGCGGCUUCUUUUGUUGUCAAAGGCUUCUUUUGCAUGGCUGCUGCAAACCGUUCCAGCUAGCAUAUUGCAGAGGGGACUUGGUGACGGGAUCUUGCGCUGAUGAUGCCCUCGCCUCCUGCUCUCUGGCUCUUUGGAAAGGCCACCAAUCCAUCCUGAUUUGGCCCAGACUUGGAGCAAAGGAAUGAAGGCUGCAGCUCAAGGGUCUCCCCGGAUUUGGGGUGGGACAUGGGGGACCCCUGCCCUGACUCAGGAUAUGGCACCUUCCUAAGAUGCUGAGCACCUCUGCUGCCGCCAGUUGCUUCCUUGCAGGAGGGAGGGGGCAGGCGGCUGUGGACCAUCUGGGCUAUUGCAUCCUGGACAUUUCUGUGUGUUCCCUUGGUUUGUUUUACCAGUCUCCAUCAAUUAAUGAGAAAAGUAUUUCAGUCAUUGAUGGCAUCCCCCAUUGUUUAUUCUUCUCUGCUCUCUGCCCCUUUCUCCUAUUUUAAGACUGCCACAUGUGUGAGAUUGCUCUUAAUCCUCACAAUUUGGGGGAGACCUGCAUCAGAUCUCUUUCUCUCCCUCUCUGCCCUACCUUUCCUUUGGCCUCAUCUUGGGGGAAAGCUGGGGGUGUCAAGAGAAACUGAGGGAUCUUCAAAGGGUUGGCAUCCUGCCCAGUUUCUGCAAGCACAAUCAGAGCAUACGUGGAACUCAGCUCCAACUCCACUUCUGCUAUCUCACACCUUUGGCUUUUCCCUACUCUUAUAGGAGGAAUCUUCCCUCCUUGCAAAGUCAUUGAAUGAAAGGUCUGCUGCCCAGGAAGAGAGGCUGAGAGCAGGUGGCAAAUUGCAGAACCCAUUUCCUUGUCAGAUCUGUUGUGCUGCUGAAAUGUGUACUGCCUUGAACUCUGUUUAGAGGUGACGAGAGUAGGCAUUAAUGUUUAUUUUUCUAAUCUAGCAAGAAUCAAACUUCCUAUGAGUGAAUACAAAAAUGUCGAUCAUAAACAAGGUUAAUAUAGAAUACAUUUUAAAAAAUUCAUAAUGAAUAUAGAAUACAUACACGACAGCAGGGCAUACACUGAACAUGUAGACAAGGUUUAUAGUGAUUGCAGCUAAAGGCAGCAAGCUUGAAAUCUCCUUAGCAGAUUUUGUGAGCACAGGCAAAGUCUUGGCACUUAACCAGGGUUUGUGUUUGUUGACUUGGACAGAAAGGGAUGCUCAUCCAAUUUGCAGAUGACGCUGAACUGGGAUGGGUAGUUAAUACUGAAGAAGAGAGAAUCAAUAGUCAAUAUGACUAUAACAGACUAAAGAACUGGGGCAAGACUAACAACACUAAUUUCAAUGGGGAUAAAAUGUCAGUUUCUGCACUUAGAAGUAAUAAACAGAUGCACAAAUAUAAGAUGGGGACACCUGGCUUGCUGGCAGUAUAUGUCGAAAGGAUCUAGGGGUCUUACCACACCACUAGCUUAAAAUGAGUCAACAGUGAGAUGCAGCAGUUUAAAAAAAAACCACCCUAAUGCAAUCCUAGGCUGCAUCAACAGCAGUCUAGCGUCCAGAUGAAGGAAAGUAAUAGUCCCACUCUAUUCUGCCUUGGUCAGACCUCACCUGGAAUACUGUGUCCAGUUCUGGGCACCACAAUUUAAGAAGGAGGUUGACAAGCUGCAAGGUGGUUAGGAUGACCUUCCCUAGUAGAAUAUCACACUAGGGAAUGUGGUGGGAUGAACAGCUGGGUGCUGGAGGUACCUAAUGCCCCAUCAGGUGUGGUCCUGGUCUCCUUGAAGAAGAGAAGAAGAAGAGUUUGGAUUUGAUAUCCUGCUUUAUCACUACCCAAAGGAGUCUCAAAGCGGCUAACAAUCUCCUUUCCCUUCCUCGCCCACAACAAACACUCUGUGAGGUGAGUGCCAGUGCUGCCGGCCCCUGCACCCCACGCUACGCCACUGCUUGGGUGUGACUGGCUCAAGCAGUGGCGUAGCGUGGGGGGUGCAGGGGGGGCCGGCAGCACCGGGCACAACAUCUGGGGGGGGGGGCGCUCGCACUCGCAGCUCUCUGCCCCCUGCUAAAAUCCAUGGGUUAGGGGGCGCAAAUUACUUGCCUUGCCCCGGGUGCUGACAACCCACGCUACACCACUGGACCCAAGGUCACCCAGCAGCUGCAUGUGGAGGAGCGGAGAUGCGAACCCAGUUCCCCAGAUUACGAGUCUACCACUCUUAACCACUAUACCACACUGGCUCUCUUGGAUGUGGGGGUAAGGAUACUACUCUGAAGGAAGCCCUCUUUGGAUAUCUAAAUUUCUACGAAAAGGGAAAGAAAUAGGAGCAAACAUGAGCAGCCUUGUCUUGUAGGCUUGGCCCUGCUCUUCUCCCUUUUGGCAGCUUCAAUAUUAUUCCAGCCACACUCUCCUACCAAAUCUGCAACUGUUUCUGCCAACCCAUUCAUAGUCUGGCUAGUAAUCUGGCUGCUGCAUUCUGGACUGGUUGAUUUUUCCAAGUGGGGCUGGAUCUGGUGCUCAGAGUGCAGGGAGUUCAGACUGGGCUCUUCCAAGUGCAGUGAAAGCAAAAGAGGCGAAGGCACAGGGAACUCAAGUUCACAGCCGGUCAAGGCCAGUUGUAAGGAAGGUUUCUCCCUAGCCAGAUCCUUUCCCAGAAAGGGAGAGAUUUCCUUUCCCCAGUGUAAAUACAUCCCACACUAAAACUGGUUUGGGUUUUCUGGUCAGGGGUGUGUGUGCAUGUGUGUGUGUGUGUGUGUGUGUGUGUGUGUGUGUGUGUGUUGGAGAAAACAAUAAUUUCAUAAAACUAUCAUUUUGAUUAUUCCAUUUACUUUUUGGUUUAUGGCCUAGCUAAACUGAAAAGGUCUCUACCUGCCUUUUAUAGUACAGAACUAGCUGCUUUUAGGGACUGCAUGUAGUGAAUGUCCGUUCCAGAACACUGAAAAGAAUAAAUUGUUAUGGGGUCUAUGGUGGUCACCGUAUGCCUGAAAAGAGAAUCGGCUAGGCAGGGCAAUUGGGGUUAAUCUUGAAUUGUUUUGCAGACAGAUGGGAAAGGGUAUUGGGAGACAUUUAAUGAACAGGAAACGUAGUCAAAGUCUUAAUAAAAAAAAGACCCUGGAAAUGGUUAAAUGUAAAUGGAUGCUUUAACUGAGAUUCCUGCAUUGCAGGGGGCUGGACUAGAUUACUCUAGGGGGUCCCUUCCAACACACCUGGAGUACUUUGUAAGGUUCAGGGCGCCACAGUUUAAGAAAGAUACUGACAAGCUGGAACGUGUGCUGGGGCAGGAGACCAAGAUGAUGAAGGGUCAGGAAACCAAGUUUUUUGGGGAAGUGGUUGAGGGAGUUGUGUAUGGUUAGCCUGGAGAAGAGAAAACUGAGACAUGAUAUGAGAGCCAUCUUGAAAUACCUGAAGGGCUGACACAGGGAAGAUGGAACAGGCUUUUUGCUGCUGGUCCAGGGGGCAGGUGUGAGAUUUUGACCAGUUUGGCCCAUCUGAAGCUGAUACAGGCUCAUCUUAUCUUGAGCCCAAGCAGAGUAGUCCACACAGCAGAAGGAUAAGCGGUAUGUGCCACAUUCUUAACUUUAUUUCCACUCUAUGCUGAGAGAAUACAAACAUGCAUCUUGCCUCUGUGAGAGCAGAGAAGCAACUGUCUCUCUAACAAAGAAACGGAGAGAACAGUGAAAAACAGGAAACCAGUGUACGUCACAUCCAGUCUCCCAUUCCCGUGGGAAUCCAACAGUAACUCUGACUGUGGAAUGCAAAACAAUGUCUUGUGACUGCAGUUGCUGCUCAGUGAGGGAAAUAGAAACCAACAGCAGGACCUGAACCAGUGGAUUCAAAUGUCAAGAAAUGACUUUCCAGCUGAUGGUAGAAGCUGUUCGACUGUGGAACAGACUCCCACAAGGGGUGGUGGAGGUUUUCUUGGAAGCAGAGGUUGGAUGGCUACCAGGGAUUCUUCAGCUGUGGGUUGCAGGGGGUUGGACUAGAUGACCUUUGGGUGUGCCUUCCAACUCUACAAUUCUGUGUUCCUCUACAAAAGAUUUUCUACAAGUAAUUUGACUCCCAUUGUGCCAUGAACUUCUUGGUGCAGCACAAGUAGUAAUAUAAGAGAGCAGCAACUUCCAUUUCAGCUUACAUUCAUCACGAUCAGCGCUGCUUCCACUGCAGUUUGUUUCUGCCAAAUACUACUUUGUGUAUCUCACUGUUAUUUAUGGCAGCAUCAUUCAUGAUUCCUGCCAUAAUUAUUGUUGUUGUGUGAUUUGGCUGGCUUCAUGUAUGAGUUCCCCCACUUUGAUAGCCUCCUUGAAUACUGUGCCAGAGUGGUGCCAAAACUGGUGGUGGUAGAAUAUUUCUCUACCAUCCGAAAUGUUCUCAGGAGGCACAAUUCUCAGCCAAACGGAAAUUCAGUGUAGGAAGCACCCAGUGGUUGUGCAUGGAAAAUAUUGAUCUUCCCUUCCAGCUCCUGUGACCCCUUGUGCCCCCCCCAAACCCUUUCCAGAGGGCCUGGAUAGUGUCGUGUCUGCCAUACAGGGCUGCAGUGGGAUUCCCCUGACUUUGGGCCUAGGAAUCCUGUCCUAGCAGAGACCCCAUUGGCACAUGACCCCUUUGCCCAGUUUCAGGGUGAUUUUCCCUCCCACUGCAAUUCUGUGUGACACAGUCCCCUUUGUUCAGGGAUCACAGGAUAGAGUUUUCAGCUGCUACAGGGGAUUGUGGGUGGGAGGGAAGCAAGAAGAUCAGUUGCACAAGCUACCUUCCACAUGUGCAACUACUGCAUACAAACGUCUAAUCUCCCCCCACCCCCGAUGAGACAUUACCUCCCCCCCCCUUUUUUUUGGCCUUCCUCUUUUCCCCACACACUCUGCAUGCCGAAUAAUCUUUCCAGAGUCCUUCACAUCUCUUGUUUCUUGCAGGGAGGUGAAGGCAGGAGAGCAACCUGGACCAGAGCCAUGGACAGAUCAGAUGACACGGUUGAAAUACCAGCCCUGGGCCGCCCAUUCCAGCUGGGGAUGCUGUACGACUGUCGUAAAGAUGCCCUCAUCCCAGGUAGAGCUGGUGCAAGGAAGAGCUUAUACUGAAAAGCAAAAAUUACUCAUAUCAGGAUUAGCAGUCGGCCCAAACAGUGCAGUUUCAGUGCUAAAUGUGCUCCUCAAAUUCAUUUUCAACAUUACUGUCUGCUUCCACAUCUUUUGCCAAAGUUUGUGUUACUUUAUGUUCUCUUCAUUUGGACAAGACUUCCAUUUAUUAAAAAGAAAUCUUCUUGCCCAUGAUAGUGUCUUUGCUCCUUAAAGGUAAGGUAAAGGUACCCCUGCCCGUACGGGCCAGUCGUGUCCGACUCUAGGGUUGUGCGCCCAUCUCACUUAAGAGGCCAGGGGCCAGCGCUGUCCGGAGACACUUCCGGGUCACGUGGCCAGUGUGACGAAGCUGCUCUGGCGAGCCAGCACCAGCGCAGCACACGGAAACGCUGUUUACCUUCCCGCUAUAAAGCGGUACCUAUUUAUCUACUUGCACUUGGAGGUGCUUUCGAACUGCUAGGUGGGCAGGAGCUGGGACCGAAAGACGGGAGCUCACCCCACCGCGGGGAUUCGAACUGCUGACCAUGCGAUCGGCAAGUCCUAGGCACUGAGGUUUUACCCACAGCGCCACCCGCGUCCCUUAACCUUGCUCAAAUCAUCAUCAACAUCAUCAUCAUCCAUCAAUAAAGAUUCAGCAGGUGUGUUCUGUUUCAAUUUUUUAAAGCUUGCUGAAAACCUUUCUACUCCACCAGGCCUAUGCAGACCAUUAAGAAUACAUCUUUCCACAAUUAUUACUGUAGGUAAAAAAACAGGACUUUUAUUCAGCCAGAACCUGCCAGAACUCAGUUCCGGCACCUCUCAGGUGGUCACCAUUGCAUUAUAAGAGAACGACGGAAGCAUUCAUGGAGAGUUCUGGCAUCUUUUUUUCUUGAAAAAUACCACAUUAAACAUAAAAAACUUCCCUAUACAGGGCUGCCUUCAGAUGUCUUCUAUAGGUUGUCUAGUUAUUUUUCUCCUUGGCUCAGGGGUCACAUAACUCCACAUCCUCCAACAUUUCUCUGAUGAAAAUAAGGAUGUCCUAAGCCUAAGGGAAAGCGGAACAUUCCAGGAUCAAAUCAGAAACCGGGAUGGCUUCUGUAAAUCCGAAACUGUCCCUGUAAAAUUGGGACACCUGUAGGGACUGUAAUCCAUUGUGGUGUUCCUGUACCAAUAAGUUAACAAGUUUCACCACUGUAAUUAAGCCAAAUUUUACUCCCUGUGUUUUCUGACUGCUGUAUGGAAAAGGACAUGAAUCUGACCUUUGGAGAGUUUUUACGUAAACCAUUAUGAACUUACCAAACAUGUGGUCUUUUUCAAUGCCGGGGGGGGGGCUAUUUUGGAAGGAACUUGAAAUAUACUCAGAGUCGCAAAGUGAUUUCAUGCUCUUUAUUCAGCUCAUAGUGGUGAGGAGGAAUGAAUGAAAGUCCCCUCAAAGUAUCUGCUUUAUAUACAUUAUUUACACAAUGGGCUGCACAUGAUUGGCUAAUUCUGGAAUUCUACUGUAAGCCAAUCAGGUUGUGGAUUCACUUAUAUCUGGAGCAUGAUUGGGUGGUUCCUGCCAACCAAUCAUACUGCUACAUUGUUCUAGGACCAAUCAGACUGCUGCAUUCUGAAUCCUAUUGUUCCAGGACCAAUCAGACUGCUGCAAUUUGGAUCCUAUUGUUCUAGGACCAAUCAGACUGCUGCAGUUUGGAUCCUAUUCAACUCAGUACAUAACAGAACUGUUGCAGAAAUUUAUGUAUAGGUUGGGAGGGGGGGUUGCCCCUCCAGCAGAUAUCAUGCACAUGCAGCCCACUACCAAAAUCGGCACAAUCACUUUUGUGACUUUUGUGAUUUGUCCCCACAAAACACUUCAUCACAGUUUCUUCCUAUCUAUUCAAAGGGCCUUUGCUGCACGAUACCAAAUGUAAGAAUUCACUGAUCAAUGUUAUCUAUGUACUGGAUCACUGGGAAAACUUCAGAAAUUCAUCUAGACAUGUGAGCUCAGCUACUCAGCAGCCCCUCUGCCUGAGUGAUAAUCCCUGGCAUCCUGAUACCUGAGUGCCAGACAGGUAGCCAUUCCAGAAAUAACAAACCCAGAUUAAGACAAAAGGGUUUGAUGAACUUGGCUGGGAAACAGGGAAAUGUAAAGAUCUCUUUUGUUACACUUGAUGGGUGUUUGGUGGAGGGCAAGGAGAACCAUGGGGCAGGGUCCAGGAUGCUCAGAUUGCUGUCACCAGACCUCCCCUUUCAUGAUGUAACCAUGGUGUAUGAGUGAUGUAGUUUGGGGGGCGUGUAACAUGGAUAUUAGCAGCUAAUAAAAGUUUGGGGGCUCUUUUGUUCAGGGCUUCCAUCUUGCUUCGUCUUGCAGUGAGUUGGAGUCCUGUCGUGACAGUCUCAAUAAAGACCAAGCCUACUGGCUGCUGCUUUGCGCCAAUUGUCCUGGCUGGUGUCCUUGCUUUUUGUCCAAGGGAGCCCUCGGAUUUCUCCAUUAACAGUUUGGCAACCGCGCUCAGGGACUCUUGGUUCUCCUGUGAAGGCGAGGGGAGAGGAAGAGGGGAUUGGGCGUCACUGGGCAACCUUAGCCCAGGGAUCCUUUUUCCUCUCCUUGCCUUCCCUUUGCGAGCGGUGAUCAACUGUCACCAAAAGGCUCAGCCAGGAGGAGCAAAGGCAAGCUCAAGCCGGCCAACUAAGGAUCCCGGGAUCCACGAGGGACGUUCCUAGGACAUGAGUAUGGUUUGAAAUUAGUGCAUGGGGGGGGGAAGGAUAACGUCUCCAUGACAACCAAACCUUUCCUUUUUUUCUCUCCCUGACCCGAUCCUUUGGAGUUUGGCCAGAGAUGGUCAUGGGAAAUCUUUCUCUUUCUCUCCUCGACCUGAUCCUUCAGAGUUUGCCCAGAGAAGGUCGCAGGAAGCUCUUUUCACUCUCCUGGACUAUACCCUUUGACCCAAUCACUCAGAGUUCGGCCAGAGAGGGUCGUAAGGGUCUACCAUCUUCUAUACCCUCAGCUUUCCCUUUUAAGCUUAUCAGAUGACCCAUGAAUGUAAGAACACAAGGUCGUUUGUUCCUUUCCAAACUCUUAUUUCCGAGUCCUGAUCUGGCAUUGCAGUGUGCAAGCGUCCAAUAAGGAAUUCCAAACUUAGCUUUGAGGUCAGGCAGAAGGUUGUUGUGGUUGGUCAAGUGGGUGGUCCACCAAGGAAAGACGGGGCCCCACACUAGGAUUAGUUUUGUAAACAGUGCUGAGUGAAUUCCGGAUCCGUGGUUUCCGGGUCAGGAGACCCGUGGUUUCCAGGCCAGUUGCCUGUGGUUUUAGUUAUAGGCAGGGAUUGCCUAGUUUUAGAUUUCUAAUAGCCUUCUCUGGUCCGAUCCAUCAGAGUUUGCCCAGAAAGGGCCAUGAGGGGCACCUGAGUGUUAGACUGAAUACUGAUAGGACAAUCUUUUCUCUCCCCCUCUCUCUUUGUCCCUCUCUUGUAUCUGUCUAUCUCCUUGUAUAGCUUGUUAUUGAGCAACGCCCCCCCUCGGUAUAAAAGGGAAAUGGGGGCUCAACUCUCCAAGCGCAAUAGCUGGACUCCUCCUGACAAUCAGGCUUCCAUGAAGCUUUUUUUGCCUCAGAGUGGACUCCGAAGGGGUUGGCAGUAUAUGAAAACCUAUCUAGAUCAAAGUUGAUGGACCUUUGUGAGGGCUCGUGGGUGGCUUAGGCCCACCACCUGGAACCCAAGGCACAGUGACCACCUCAGGGAUCCUUCGACAAAGUCAGGGUGCGAACCCUUAGGAAGAGCUGAGCAUAUCAAAUUUGUGUUGUUAAACUAUGACCUAAGGCCAGAACAUGAAACCGUAAACUUAAUGGUGGUCAGAAGGCAGUGGAAAUACUAAUAAUCCAGCCUGAGAGCCCACGCAUUAGAGAUCUUAGCUUCCCUAUAAAUGAAUAAGAGAUGUACUCAAAGGUUUAGAAAUAUUUAAAGGGUUUGCGUUUACAUUGGCUUCAGCAUCCACAGACUAUGUUCUUAAGUGCACAUAGUUUUUAAAUUGCAAUCUUCCUUCAAAAUUUAAAUCUAAGGAAACCAUGUUGGGCCUUAUCAAUCUUAAACAUGACAAUAUGAGAAUGAGGUGUGCAAAUGUUUGCUAUUUGAAAGAGGCUCCAAAAGACAGUCUUCCUCCAAGUGGUAGAAAGAAAAGAAAAAAUCCUGUAUAUGUACUUGCUUGUGUUCCGAGAGGAGGAUUACCCACCUCUUCCCUCUGUAGCUUAAGUGAGGAGGGUGAUUUUAAGUCUGACGGUAAAUUAUGUUUUGUUGCAACUUUUGAGUUUGUAAGUCUACAGCCCUGUUCCAGUCUACUUUGGAAUGUGCUGUGAAGUUAGCCUAAUGUUUCUGCUACGACCAGCCUAGUUGAGCACAAAUGCUCUCGCAAGCUAAAAUGCAGUGUCUGUACAGUGUUGCAUUAAGCCUUAGGUAGGUCUCCUUUUGAGAGAAAAGUGUUGUUGUUGUUGUUGUUGUUGUUGUUGUGAGGAAUCCUUGGAAGUAUUAUGACUAUAUGACUAUGAAAAUAUGGUGUUCCUUCUAAGAAAAAUGUUAUUAAAGGUAGAAGCUUCCAUAGCCAGCAAUUGUCUAUCUGAGUCCAGUUUUAACUUUGAUUCGGUUGGACAGAAGGGUUAUUGUAAGGCUCCUGAUAUCAGUCUCUGUAAGAUCAGCCAGGAUUUCCUGGCCUCUUUUCUUGGAAAUUUGCCCCUCCCCCUUCUGUCUCUUUCAGUUUUUCCCCUCCUCUUACUUCUGUGAAGUAAGCUUCAUUUCAUGAGGAAACUGCAAAAGAGGGGGGGCAGUGUUUCCUAGGAACUCAAAUUGUUGUUGUUGUUUUUUUAAUGAUAUUUAUUAAAGUUUCAGAAAGAAAGAAUCACAUCCACACAAAAGAAAAAUUCGAAAAUAAAAAGAAAAAUACACAAUGCAAAAUACAGAAAGAAAAAGAAAAAACAGUUAAAAACAAUUCCAUCUUUUCAUCACUACUUUUAGAUUUACUUGUUUCCCGGACCUCCUCAUACCUCCCUCUUUUGUAUUCCAAUUCAGUUUGUUAGUCCAGCAAUUCCUUUAUCCCAAUCCUUAAUCUUAAUAUAAUGUAUCAUUAAAUUUUUACCUAUUAAAAACCAAUUUUUCCAUUCUUUUAACCUUUUUAAUCCUAAUCCUUAAUCUUGAUAUAUUUAUAACUUUAAAGCCUGUACAGCUUGUUAACGGAAAAUCUGAGGGCUCCCUUGGACAAAAACAAAGACACCAACCAGAGCAAUUGGAAGCAAAUCAGCAGCCAGUAGGCUUGGUCUUUAUUGAAGAAAAGACUGUCGCGACAGGACUCCCACCGCCCACGAGGUGAAGCAAGAUGGAAGCCUACUGGCUGCUGAUUUGCUUCCAAUUGCUCUGGUUGGUGUCUUUGUUUUUGUCCAAGGGAGCCCUCAGAUUUUCCGUUAACAGUUGGCGACCACGAAGGGACUCUUGGUUCUCCUGUAGAGGUGAGGAGGGAGAAAAGAGGGGAUCGGGCGCCACUGGGCAGCCUUAGCCCAGGGAUCUUUUCUCCUCUCCCUGCCUCCCUUUGCGGGCGGUAAUCAACCGUCACCGAAAGCUCAACCAGGGGAAGCAAAGGCAAGGUCAAGCCGGCUAAGGGGAAAGAUCCCGGGAUCUUCGAGGGACAUCUGGGAACGUGAGUAUGGUUUGAAGGAAAUACAUUGGGAGGGGGGUGGAAAGCAACGUCCCCACGACAGCUGGACCUUUUCUUCCUUCUAUCUCUGGCGUUACCUCUGGAGUCAUCCAGGAACGUCCUAAACUUUCUCUGUCUCUCCCCUAUUUCCCUUCGGAGCUGGGCCAGGGAAAUUGUGGUAUCUUUGUUGUAUUCCGACGUUACCUCUCGGAGUCGUCCAGGAACGUCCUAAACUUUCUCUGUCUCUCCCCUAUUUCCCCUUCGGAGCUGGGCCAGGGAAAUUGUGGUAUCUUUGCUGCAUUCCGACGUUACCUCUCGGAGUCGUCCAGGAACGUCCUAAAAAAAAUAUCUCUCCUUUUCUCCCCCGUUUUCGCCUUCGGAGCUGGGCCAGGGAAAACGCGGUGCUUUGCUGUUUCUCUGACGUCCUCCCUCGGAGUCGCCCGGAGGCGUCCAUCCAAAACCUCCCUCUCUCCUUUUCUCCCCCGUUUUCCCCUUCGGAGGUGGGCCAGGGAAAACGCGGUACUUUGGCAUUUCUCUGACGUCCUCCCUCGGAGUCGUCCGGAGGCGUUCAUCAAAAAUCUCUCCUGCGCUCUCUCUCUCUCUCUCUCUCUCUCUCCCUCUCUCCUCCUUAUGCAAAUGAAGCCGCCCCUCCUGCUUGGCGACCCUUGUUGGGGAUGACCCGGGUACGUGAGAACGCAAGGUCAUUUGCUUCCUUUCCAAACUUUGUUUUCUCGGACCUCGAUCUGGCACUGCAUUGCGCAGGCGUCCAGUAGGGAGCCCGACCCUAGUUUAAAGGCUAGGUAGGAGGCUGUCGAGGGGAACAGAACGGGAGGUACACAAAGUGGGGCCCCACACUAGGGUUAGUCUUGUAAAACAGCGCUGAGGUAAAGGAAUACUGGAUCCGUGGUUAGGAAUUCGGGCGAGGAGACCCGUGGUUAGGAAUUCGGGCGAGGAGACCCGUGGUUAGGAAUUCGGGCGAGGAGACCCGUGGUUAGGAAUUCGGGCGAGGAGACCCGUGGUUAGGAAUUCAAGUUCAUGUCUGAGAUUUUUUAUAGAUAGGUAGAAAUUGAGUUACUCAAGGAUACUUCAAGUACUGAAAGGAUAUUUUCUCUUUCCCCCUGCCCCUCCUUUUCUCCCUCCCUUCUUCCAUCACCCCCCCUCUCCCCUUGUGUGUGUGCCCACUCUUUCUGUCUCUAGUGUACUGCAAAGAAUGGGGGCCCAUGCUUCCAAGCAUUCAGGCUGGACUCCUCCAGGCGGCAAGGCUUCCGCGGAGCCUUUCCGCCCGAGAGAGGACUCUGAUACCCCUCUUCAAUUUGUUCUAUUAAACUGGAAAGAGUUGAGAGGGAGGAAAGGACUCUCAAAGUCCAAGUUAAGGGACCUUUGCAACAUCUCGUGGGUCGCUUUCACCCACCAUCUAGAGCCGGCCUCGCAAUGGCCACCCCACGGUUCCUUUAAUCUUGUGAAGAUGCAAGCACUUAAGUCGUAUCUAGCAGACGAGAAACCCCGGCAACUGUAUUAUCUCAAUGCCUUCGUUGAAGCCCGUGAAUUGUUUCAGCGACAGCAGACUCAAAUCGUUCGGCAAAUGGCUGUUUUAAAAACGACCAGGCCUCCCCCAUAUGACGAAAUUAGAACCCAGGAGGAACAAUUGGAUAGAACCCUCGUUUCUUUCUACUACCCCGAACCACACGCCCCCCGACCGCCUGAAUCCGGGGCAAGAGACAGGACAGGAGCCGGUGGGGGAGGCGGCGCGGGACCCGGGGAAAACGUAAUUAAUCCACCCACCGCUGCCCCCUCUCGAGCCGCACCAAGUACAUCGUCGCCUAUCCCUUCCACAAGUGCGACCAAUAUAGGAAACCACAUAGAUUCAGACCUAGAACCCACACCUAACGGACAGCUUCUCAACGGAGAAAGGGAGGGACCCGUCUCCAGUAGAACUCGAAAUAGGGAUAAUCUGCCGAACGGCGAAGUAGAGGGAGCCUUCCCCUAAGAGCAUUGCCUAUACCCCCAACCAGGGCAGGAGACCCACCCCGCAUGGUUUUUACUCACCAACCCUUCCUCACUUCGGACUUAAUGAACUGGUCUGACAAGAUGCCCUCCCUACGGGAUGACCCCGACAAAUGUCACCGCCAGGUGGCCACCAUCUUUUCCACCCACAACCCAACGUGGGCGGAUGUACAUAUGUUACUCGGGGCUCUUUUUAACGAGGCAGAAAAGAGGGAAAUACUGACAAAGGCAGGAGAAGCUUUAGCGCGGGAAGGCUACCAACCGGACCGACCUGCCUCGAUGGCCCCCCUGACCACCCAGACCCUACUAAAUGACCCCGACUGGAACUAUAACACUGACGACGGCAUAUGGGGUUUAAAAAUUUUUAAGAAAGCCAUCCUAGAUGGUAUUAAAGCUGUGGGACAGCGAACCGUAAACUGGACCAAAGUCCAAGCCGUCCUUCAAGGACCUGAUGAACAUCCAUCUGACUACUACUCAAGGCUAGUCUCAGCCAUUAAGACCUGGGGGGGAAUAGAUCCGGAGAGCCCCCAGCACGAAGUAAUAGUCAAAGGAUUUUUUAAAGAUCAAGCUACACCCGACAUUAGAAAAGCAUUGAAUUCGCACCUAGGGUAUGAUGGAAAAACCAUAAAUGAAAUCCUUUCCAUCGCUAAAUCCGUCUUCAAUACAAGGGAUGAACGGAAAAGAAAAGACCAAAGGCCCGAUCUCCCACGGGUGUUAGCCUAUGCGGCUGGGGUUCCUAACCCCAAAGAAAAAUUUAAGUCAUGGGGACCUGAACUACUAGAUGACCGCGUUUGUUACAACUGUAAUGAAGUAGGACAUAUAAGAAGAAAUUGCCCCCUUGUGACAGGAUCCAAAAGGAUCGAAUAUAGAAAUCCAAGACCAUACCAGUCUGACUACAGGAAACCACCCACCCCAGGUACAGGGAGUCUACCACCCCAUACCGACCUAAUCAAUCCCCAACCCGAACGCAACCCUACGCGGAACCCCCUCCUCCACAACCGCGACCACGAAAUCAACCCCACGAAGCUACCAACCCCUUUAAACAGGGCGGUCGCCCCACAAACCCAACUCAUGAGAUGGUAAUGGAGGAAUACCAGGCGCAUUGACAAUUAGAAGCAGAUCCCGCCUCCUUUUCUUUCCUAUGCCCAGUCUUACAACUAUCCUCUUCCGACCCCAUAUGCACUAUGCAAAUUGAUGGCCAGUCCUAUGAUUGUCUCCUAGACACUGGGGCCACCUACUCCACCCUUACGAAUAGCCAUUUAGCACCGGGAGACAAAACCAGAACCGUAGUAGGACUUGAUGGAAUCCCCCGGAACUGCCCCCUUUCCAAGCCUGCGAGAGUCUCCGUCGGACCUCUAUCGGUUAAACAUACUUUCCUACUAACUUCCAGCCCAGUUAACCUCCUGGGGAGGGAUCUGCUAUGUAAGUUGAACGCUACUAUACAAUGCGGCCAAGAAGGGAUUUACUUGCACAUGCCGAACGACUCCAUUUUCAACUUCCAAGGGUUCUUCAAGAAGCUAACAACAAAUUCCCUGACCUUCCUCCCGAGCUUCUUAAUAGCGUCCCCUCUUGGUUAUGGGGAACUGAAUCAACAUCCGUUGGACUCCUAAAGUCGGCAACCCCAGUAAAAGUUAACUACAGGAAAGACCUACCAUUCCCCUGUACAAAACAAUACCCUUUGCCUCCUGAAGCAAUCGAAGGACUUACCCCAAUGAUUGAUGAAUUUUUGAAAAUGGGAAUCCUAGUUCCCUGUGCCUCCCCAUGUAAUACCCCGCUUCUCCCCGUCAAGAAGCCAAACACUAACCCUGUCAAAUGGCGCCUCGUCCAAGACCUUCGACUCAUCAACUCUUUCGUUAUCCCCAGACACGCUGUUGUAGCCAACCCCCACCACCUUUUGAGCACGAUCCCGGAGGGAACUGUCGUCUACUCCGUCAUAGACCUAUGUUCCGCCUUCUUUAGCAUCCCCGUGGACCCAGAAAGCCAAUUCCUCUUUGCCUUUACCUGGCAAACCGGUCAAUUAACAUGGACUCGGUUACCCCAGGGAUACGUGGAAUCUCCGGCAAUCUUUUCUUCCAUAUUACACCAGGACUUACUAGACGUGAACCUUCCGGGAGGCUCCGCCCUCAGGCUCUAUGUGGAUGACAUUUUACUUUGUGGGCGGGACUUGGAAUCCUGUAAGUCAGACACUAUAGCCCUCCUGACAAUACUCGCGCACAAGGGACACAAAGUAUCCCCCAAAAAGAUACAGUACUGCCAAAGGGAAGUGAAAUAUCUUGGCCACAUCCUUGGAGAAGGCACCCGUGCCCUCGCCACAGAUAGGAUUGAAGCCAUAACGAAGCUGCCCCUCCCCAAGACUAAGAGGCAGCUCAGGGGCUUCAUCGGGAUGAGUGGGUUUUGCCGAGCAUGGAUCCCCCGCUACGGAGAAUUCACUCGCCCCCUUACCGCAAUGACACACGACAAUGCCCCAGACCACUUGCAAUGGAGUGCAGAGGCACUCGAAGCCUUUGAAUCUAUCAAACGGGAACUGAGGUCUUCACCUGCCCUCGGGCUCCCCGACUAUAGACUACCUUUCUCUUUAUUCGUCCAUGAAAAUAAAGGAGUAGCCUCGGGUGUCCUUACGCAACCUUUUCAGGGAAGGAACAGGCCCGUCGCUUACUACAGCCUUCAACUGGACACUACCGUAAUGGGAAAUGUGGGGUGCCUUAGAGCAGUAGCAGCUGCAGCACUACUUCUUGAAAAGGCGCAGGGGACCGUCUUAGGACAUGAACUAACCGUAAAUGUUCCCCAUGCCGUGGCCACCCUCCUCAGCUUGCAAGGAUGCCAACGCUUCACGAUCCAAAGACUGAAUAGAUAUGAAGCCAUCCUCCUUAGUCCGUCUAAUGUUACCAUAAAAAGGGUGAACUCCCUUAAUCCGGCAACCCUCCUUCCCCUCCCUGACGAUGGCACCCCGCACCACGACUGUUCUCAGGUGGUCCGACACGCUGAAAAACCACGUGAGGACCUCGACUAUCUUCCCUUAAGCAACCCCGAUCUUAUAUUAUACACCGACGGGAGCUCAAAAAUUGUGGGAGGGGAACGGAAAAGUGGAUAUGCAGUUGUCAGCGACACUGACAUCCUUGAAGCGCGUCCUGUCCAUGCUAGGUUUAGCGCACAGGCUGCAGAACUUAUUGCCCUGAUCCGAGCCUGCGAAUUAGCAACAGGACAGAGGGUCACUAUUUACACAGAUUCUAAAUAUUGCUUUGGGUUAGUUCAUGCCACCGGACAAAUCUGGCUACAGAGGGGUUUUCUGACCGCUGCAGGCACCCAAAUAGCCCACGCACCUCUAGUACAACGCCUUAUGGAUUCUAUACAUCUUCCAGAAGAAAUAGCAGUAGUCCAUUGCAAAGCCCAUACCAAGGGAAAAGACCCAGUAUCAAUGGAGAACCGCUGUGCUGACCGCGUGGCACAAGAAGCAGCCCUCCAACCACUGUCUGCAGAUGGUGAAUUUCAGGGACCCCAGGUUCCGUCGGACGUAGACUUUAACCUAAUGUAUAAAACCGCCACCCCGGAAGAAAUAAAGGGAUGGGAAGAGCAGGGAGCUCUCUUCAGCAACGGCAUAUGGUACUUCCCCGACAAGAGACUCAUAAUGCCCCGGCUCUGGGUACCCAAACACAUAAGAAUACUACAUCAGUGUACCCACUGGGGAAGGGACAAACUCAUAGACUCUGUCCAACGCUGCUGGUAUGCUCCAGGACUGGCUCUGGCUGCAAAAUCAGCAGUAAAGAAUUGUCACACCUGCCAAACCUUUAAUCCAAAGCAUACUGCCAGAUGUCCGCCAGGAGCCAGACCGUGGGCUUUUGUCCCUUUCGAAAGCCUUCAAGUCGACUUCAUAGACCUACCCCCUUGUCAGGGCUACAAGCAUGCCCUUGUCAUUAUUGAUCAAUUAACAGGAUGGGUGGAAUGUCUCCCGACUCGCCGAGCCACUGCCCAAAUGGUUGCAAAAACCCUACUGCAUGAAAUAAUACCGCGUUUCGGGGUUCCGAGACACAUAGACAGUGACAGGGGCUCACACUUCACUUCCGACGUAGUCCAACAAGUCGCUAAAGCCCUAGGGAUCAAAUGGAGAUUGCAUACCCCAUACCACCCCCCUUCCUCAGGGCAGGUUGAACGAAUGAAUCAACAAUUAAAGUCCCAGCUAGGAAAGCUCUGCAGGGACUCUGGAAUUAAGUGGGUCAAUGCCCUCCCCUUGGUUCUACACAAUCUCAGAGCAUGCCCCCGUGGGAAUCUGAACCUAUCUCCUUAUGAACUGCUUUUUGGAAGACCCUCCCCCGUGUAUAGCACGCAAUUCCCCCCAUCAGAACUAGAGGUAGGCGAGUCUGAAUUGACCAAAUAUAUAAUACAGCUCCAGAAGCAACUCAUUGUUCUCCACAGAUACGCGGCAGCAGGCCAGAACCUACCCCUCGACGAGAACAUCCAUCCGUUCCAACCAGGGGACUGGAUAUUGGCAAAGGCUUACCAGAAGGUACCCCUACAACCUACCUGGGAAGGACCUUACCAGGUCCUUCUCACAACCCCCACCUCCGUCAAAGUAG